CUUUGCAAGUGACACUUCAUGUAGAGCCCUGUGUGACCUGACGGGGACCUGGGCUUCCCCACCUCUGAGUGGGGCUAAUGACAACUCCAGGUUUCGGGUUUGGGGAGCGCCCUGUGGAGCUGGGCCGCGUAAGGUGCUCCACUAAGGAAAGGGGGCACCCGCCGUGGUGUGUGAGGUCCCCAGCGUCCACUGUGGGAGUCACUGGCUCUGAGUCCUGCUAGUGGCAGAGUGGGAGGGGACGCUGGGGCCCACUGUAGAAUGACUCAGAAAAGCCAAAAAGCAGAAACUACGCAGAUGUCCAGCAGACGCCCGUUGGCAGACGAGUGGAUAAACAAAGCCUGGCACGUCAGCAGGGCGCCGUGGAACGCAGGGUGAUCCAGCUGCUCGAGGCUGAGGCAGAAGCCUGCUGAGGGAUGCCCAAGAAGUUCCAGGGCGAGAACACCAAGUCGGCGGCGGCCCGGGCACGGAGGGCUGAGGCCAAAGCGGCAGCUGAUGCCAAGAAGCAGAAGGAGCUGGAGGAUGCGUACUGGAAGGACGAGGACAAACACGUCAUGAGGAAGGAGCAGCGCAAGGAGGAGAAGGAGAAGCGGCGCCUGGAGCAGCUGGAGCGCAAGAAGGAGACGCAGCGCCUGCUGGAGGAGGAGGACUCCAAGCUCAAGGGUGGCAAGGCGCCCCGCGCGGCCCCCAGUAAGGUCACCCGGGCCCAAAUUGAAGACACACUGCGCCGGGACCAUCAGCACAGGGAUACCGUCGACACAGCAGAGAAAACCAAGAGCCAUCUGGAGGACCGGCACCCCGAGCGCCGCAUGCGGGCGGCCUUCACGGCCUUCGAGGAAGCGCAGCUGCCCCGGCUCAAGCAGGAGAACCCCAACAUGCGGCUGUCGCAGCUGAAGCAGCUACUGAAGAAGGAGUGGCUGCGCUCUCCGGACAACCCCAUGAACCAGCGGGCCUUGCCUUUCAACGCCCCCAAGUGAGACCAGAACUGGGGGGACCGCCCCACAGGCGGUCCAGGCCACGACUCGACUGCGAAUGCCCUCUCACUGGGUCAGCUCUGAGGAUUUCAGAGAGUCCAGGGACCCUGGUACCUGUCCCUGGGGCUGUGUGCCAUCACCGCCAACCCUCUUUCGCCAGUGGGUCCCUGCUCUGAGUGACACCCUCAAUAUCCCGCGGCACCUGUGGAGCCCCGGGACUGAGCACCCAAUAAAGGCGGUGGGCAAGGCC